GACUAUAAUGUUGUUGUAGAUAAGAGCUCAUGAUAACCGAAUCAGUAGAUGAGGGGUCAUCGCGCGGAUUCCCCCACCUUCGACACUGACUUAAAAGUCAACCGAUAGUUUCCUUCUUUCAAUUCUUCAAUAUACAGACUGUUUUGGACAAGUCACGGCUCACUCAAAUCACAAAUUGCUCAAUAAUGGGAAAGAAGCGCGUUCUUGUCACAUACGGCGUUGACGUUGAUGCCGUUGCGGGAUGGCUGGGCUCGUACGGUGGUGAAGACUCGACCAGUGAUAUUAGUCGCGGCGUCUGGGCAGCCACCGUGGGAACCCAGCGAGUACUCAAGUUCUUUGACAAGUACGACAUCAAAGCGACCUGGUUCAUCCCAGGACACUCGUUGGAGACUUUCCCCAAGGAAAUGGCCGCUGUUCGCGACGCAGGACACGAAAUUGGACUUCACGGAUACUCCCACGAGAACCCCAAGGACAUGACAAUCGAGCAGCAACGGGACGUCCUUGAUAAGACAUACAAGAUGUUGACUGAGUUUGUGGGCAAGCCGCCGCGAGGCAGUGUUGCGCCAUGGUGGGAAACAAGCAAAGAAGGCGCCCAACUCCUCCUCGACUACGGCAUCGAAUACGACCACAGCAUGUCUCACGAGGACUGCCAGCCCUACUACCUGCGCACGGGCGACACAUGGACCAAAAUUGACUAUAGCAAAACGGCACACGAGUGGAUGAAGCCCAUGGUCAAUGGCGAAGAGACAGGUCUCGUGGAGAUCCCGGCGAACUGGUACAUUGACGAUCUGCCGCCGAUGAUGUUCAUCAAGGGUUCGUCGAAUAGUCAUGGGUUUAUGAAUGCGAGAGAUAUUGAGGAUAUUUGGAGGGAUCAUUUUGAUUAUUUCUAUCGGGAGUAUGAUGAGUUUAUCUUUCCGAUUACGAUUCAUCCGGACGUUAGUGGGAGACCACAUGUGGUUUUGAUGCAUGAGAGGCUCAUUGAGCACUUUAAAAAGCACGAUGGUGUAGAGUUCGUCACCAUGGAGCAGCUGUCGGAUGAUUUCAAGAAACGAGUUGCUCCCGCCGCGGGAGCGGUCCUGCCAGCGAAACCAGGCGCAGUCCUAGAAAAGAGCUAGCUUAGUCUAUCAUAUAGUAUUGGGCUAUGUUCCGGACAUGAUUGAAUGUUUAUCAUAUUUUCUGAUAAUUCUCGGCUGAACUGCUCGGCAUAGUUAUACCUACUCCAACGAACAUUACCCCAAUUGCUCCGAAUCUCGACUCCAACGGGUUGCCCCGCGUUUUUGUAGUGAUUUGUGGAGGUACCCUGAUUGCUGCUCCAUUCAUGCCGAUGGAUCCGGUUGAAUGAAUAUGAAUAUAGCAAGUCUCAAGCGCUUUACUCUGGAGUAUUAGUAGCAGGAGAAUACUAUCACAUGGAGAUAGAAUCCAAGCUUAUAACUCGCG